AUGCAAGUGGCGAAGAAGGGAAACGAAAACAAGAAGGACACCAACACCCAGACGGAUGUGCGCCUCAGCAAUAUCACGUCGGCAAAGGCGGUGGCGGACUGCGUGCGCACUUCCCUCGGCCCGCGUGGCAUGGACAAAAUGAUUGUGGAGCCACGUGGCGAGGUGCUCAUCAGCAACGAUGGCGCCACCAUCCUGUCGAAGCUGCAGGUGACGCACCCCUGUGCCAAGAUGUUGGUGGAGCUCUCCAAGGCGCAGGACGUGGAGGCGGGGGACGGUACGACAAGCGUCGUGGUGCUCUGCGGCGCCUUUCUCCGCGCUGUGGAGGAGCUUCUGAUGAAGGGUAUUCACCCCACACAGAUUUCAGAGUGCUUCAAUGAGUGUGCCAAGAUGGCGGAGAAGAUUCUCGAGGACAUGAGCGUCAAAAUUAAAAUUGAGGAUCGUGAAACGCUUAUCAAGGCGGCGAUCACCUCACUGAACUCUAAGGUUAUCUCGCAAAACAGCGACUUGCUAGCGCCCAUGGCUGUGGAUGCUGUGCGGCGGAUUAUGCGUGACAACGGUGAUGUGGAUCUGCGUGAUGUGCGUAUUGUCACUGCGCUUGGCGGUACCAUAGACGACUCUGUGCUGCUCACCAACGGCAUGGUGUUCAAGCAGAAGGCGUCACACGUAGCUGGAGGCCCGGUGCGCAUUGCAAACGCGACAAUAGCUCUCAUUCAGUUUCAGCUGUCGCCCCCCAAGACUGAUAUGGAGAGCACUGUGACAAUUAACGACUACAGUCAGAUGGACAGGGCGCUGAAGGAGGAGCGCAAGUACCUGCUGAAUCUCUGCAAAAAGAUUAAAGACGCUGGGGUGAAUGUGCUGCUUGUGCAGAAGUCCAUCCUACGCGACGCGGUGACGCUGCAGAGUCUGGACUUCCUCGCCAAGAUGAAAAUCAUGGUGGUAAAGGACAUUGAGCGCAACGACAUUGACUUUGUUACAAAGACGCUUGGAUGCCUUCCCGUGGCAAACAUAGAGAACCUGAAGCCGGAGAAAUUUGGUCACGCCGACCUUGUCAUGGAGGAAAAUACACCCAACGGUAAAAUCAUUCGCAUCACGGGGGUGCAAACGCCGACAAAUACGGUUGGCCGUCAACUGUUUGGCAAGACAGUCACAUUUUUCCUCCGUGGCAGCAACAACAUGAUCCUGGAGGAGGGGGAGCGGGCCUUGCAUGACUCGCUUUGCGUCAUUCGCUCCAUUGUGAAGAGGCAGGCCGUUAUUCCUGGUGGUGCUGCUGGUGAGACGGAGGUCUGCCUACAGCUCAGCAAGUAUGCCCGGGAGCGGGCACAGGGUACUCAGACCUUUUGCAUGCGCGCCUUUGCGGAUGCCUUUGAGGUUAUUCCAUACACGCUUGCCGAGAAUGCCGGGCUGCAGCCGAUUUCCAUUGUCACUGAGCUUCGUAAUGCGCAUGCGCGGGGUAACAAUAACGCUGGCGUGAAUGUGCGCAAAGGCUGUGUGACGGACAUGGUGGAGGAGAAUGUUGUGCAGCCACUACUCGUCUCUACCUCUUGUGUGCGUCUGGCGGCGGAGUGUGUGAUGAUGAUCCUGAAGAUUGACGACAUCAUCAUGACCCGCGCGUAA